AUGUACGCAGCACGCGGUACUAUCGAGAUGAUCUCCGGCUCUGGCGAGCGCAGUUUCGAGGAUCAUGAAUGGCUAUUGGAUGUCACGAGUGAUGUCGACGAGGAAUUGCAUUACUCGCUCUGCAACCACCUAUUCGAGGGUGUAGUCAUAUGCAAAGACUACGUCCUGGUUACGCUUGUGAAUGCCGGAGAGGUUGCACAAGAAACGCAAGCUCUGGACGAGGGUAUCUGUGACAGCACAGUCAUGGCGUCUUCUAACGAAAACUAUCCACAGGGACCAUACGAGGUCGGCAAGCACAUCGUUCCUCCUCCACGGCCGAGCUCACCAUCAACUGCCGAGUACCGCCUUAAUCAUCUCAUGACCCGUAUCAAAGACCCGGAGAAGAGUUUGAAGUUCUACUGUGACUGCCUGGGCAUGCACGUUGUCUUCAUCUUCAAUGCUGGUCCAUUUACCAUUUACUACCUAGGACCACGAGAUAGUGGUAUGUCCACCCUCGGUACCUCAAAAGGCUUGCUGGAAUUGUAUUACAUUCCUGCCGACGCGGCUACGUCGUAUACUUCUGGCAAUGACUACUCUAAUCCGGCGGGAAUCGGCUUCGGUCACAUUGGAUUCACAGUGCCAGAUGUCCCUGAAGCACUGGAAAGGAUCAAAAGCUUUGGCUACGAGGUCAUCAAGCCGCUGGAUGAGGCGAAAGAAGAGCAGAUGGGUUUACCCGCGGAGGCUGUGGAAGGAAAGCACGGAACAGUACAAGACGGCUACAAGCAUGUCUUCAAACAACUGGCUUUCGUUAAGGAUCCUGAUGGUUACUGGGUUGAGAUCGUACCUCAAGUGGUCAAGCCGCCGAGUGACACGCCCGUCAAAGUACUAAGACUAGGUGUCGACGGAUUCAUCUCCUCACCUCUCAUCAAAGUUCUCGUUGGGCCCGAAUCUCAGCGUUCAGAACUGUUUGUUCACCAGUCCAUCAUAACAUCGCGAUCGAAAUUUUCCGCCAACGCGCUUAGUGGCAGAUGGAACAACUCUGACGCGAAGACCAUUAAUCUCUACGAUGUUGACCCUGAGUUGAGAUUAGAAGAUGUUGAGCACUACUUGGAAACCGUCUAUACAGGUCGCAUCUCGCUCACGGAUGGCUCAGAAAUUCUUGAGAGCAUAUGUCACGUAUACGUGAUAGCUGAAUUGCUGCUCGAUGUACACACCCGUAAUCUGGCAACGCACUGUAUGAGCAGAUCUCCUACCGUGAAUCUUAUGGCGAAGGCUGCGCAGAAGGGUAAAGACAGACCGUUGUUGUAUCAUUUGGACAAAUACCUCGAAGACGAUUCAUAA